AUGAUCACUAUCCUCCACACCACCCUCCAUACCCUCCUGUACUCCAUCCACACCCUAUACUUCUUCAUCGCCAGCGACUUCAAAACUAUCGUCAUCCCCAGCACCAUCUUCGGCCUCGCCAACUCCUUCGCCGCCCAACCUUACAACCUCCCACCCCCCCUAACCCCUGCACCCACCCGAGCCCUUAAAGCUCUAACCUGGACACUCCUCACCCUCAUCCCCUUCGCCAUAAGCAACCAGCUCAGCCCCUCCGCCAUCGCCGAAGACACCCUCAACAAACCGUGGCGACCUCUUCCUCAAAACCGUCUCACCCGCACGCAAGCCAAAACCACCAUGCUCACCUUCUACGCUCUAUCCCAAAUCCACGCCCUCCUCACCCGCACCGGCCACCGCCAAUCCCUCGCCAUGAUCCCCCUUGGAACCUACUACAACCAUUUCGGCGGCGCAGACCAUCACCCUCUUACCCGCAACCUCACCAAUGCCGCCGGCUACCUCUGCUUCACCACCGGCGCCAUGGAAGUCGCCCUCGGCUGCCCCCUGCCACUCACCCACCUCCCCCCGCGUCUCGCUGCCUGGCUCCUCCUUCUAGCCGCUGUCGUGUCCUCCACGGUCCACCUCCAGGAUCUCUACGAUCAGGAUGGGGACCGUCUGCGCGCCCGUCGUACCCUUCCGCUUGUCAUCGGCGACUCCGCCGCCCGCUGGGCUGCCGCCUUACCCAUGCUGCUCUGGGGCGUCGUGUGUCCGGCUUUCUGGCGGGUGGACCCCCGGUUGACGAUUUUUGGAGGGGUAGAUGAUGGGGAUUCUAAGUAUGAUCCCACAUGCUAUCAUUGGAACUUUACUAUCAUUACGUGGCACUAUGUAUGGAAGAGACGGUUGCCAUAA